AUGGAUUCGAAAGAAAUCUACGAGGAAGUCCACAAGCGCUACGGAUCAGUGACCAAGACCACCACUGGAAAAUAUGAGCAAACCGUGGCCAAAGCAUUUGGCUACACAGAAGAAGAGCUCGCAGGGAUUCCCGAUGGUGCAAACCUUGGAUUAAGCUGUGGCAAUCCGACUGCUUUGGCAAAAUUGAGAGAGGGAGAAACUGUGAUUGAUCUUGGUUCUGGUGCUGGCUUCGAUGUUCUCACAGCUGCCAAGAAAGUCGGUCUUGCGGGUAAGGCAAUUGGCGUCGACAUGAACAAGAACAUGAUAGACAAGGCCAACUCCAACAAAGCAGCCAUGAAAAUCUCAAACGUCGAAUUCGUCCAAGGCACCAUUACAUCUGUCCCACUCAAUGACGCUACGGCGGAUUGUAUCAUCAGCAACUGCGUCGUCAACCUCGUACCUGCUUCAGAGAAACAGCUCGUGUUCAAUGAAAUGUUCAGACUCCUCAAGCCAGGCGGACGCGUCGCUGUCAGUGAUAUCUUGGCGCGCAAGGAGUUUACCGAUGAUAUCAGAAACAACAUUGCCCUGUACGUUGGAUGCAUCGCUGGUGCUAGUCCUGUUGGCGAUUAUGAAGCCUUUCUCAAUAAUGCGGGUUUUCAAAAUGUUCUUAUUGUUGACACUAAGAGCGACUUGAAUGUCUAUUUUACUGCUCACGAGAAUGAGUCUUCAUGCUGUGGCAAUGAACAGACAAACUCAGCUUGUGGAGCUGGCUUAUCGACAUGCGCUCCUCAGAAUUCGUCCACAGAAUUGGCUGAUGAUCAAGAUAUACUUGGUGAUCGUCUGGGAAUCGCCGACUUUAAUGAGUGGGCAGGCUCAUUCCAGGUGUAUGCUGUUAAGCCUUUGUCCAUUCAAGACGAUAAAUCUACCUAA